CGGCGGCGGGGGGCCCUUCAGUCACUCCGUGUCUUUGGCAACACUGAAGGGUGCCUCUCCCCCCCGGGCUGUCCUGAAUUUAUGUAACUUAAAUACUUGUAUUCAUGUUUGGUUUUUCUUGCAGGCAGGGUCUGACAGCAAGAACACACACAUUGUGGCAAUUCUUGCACUAGUGAAAGAGGCCCAAUGGAAAGACUCAUCAAACAAAUUUCUCCCUUUAUUUUCAACCAUAGCAACAGUACAAGCUUCCCUUAUCUCUGUUGUGGAAUGACUGCCUCUGCGGGGAUGGGACCGUGGCUCUGUGUCCAGUCAGUACAUGCUUUAUUUACAUCAAGAGACAAACCUUUUAUAGAUUAGAUCUAAUCUCUUGUAAAUUAAAUAUAAAUGCUAUAACUUACCUGGCCAUUAUUACCUCAGUUUGCUAGGAAACCAAUUGUUUUAUUAGGUCACAGCCGCACACCACAGGUAUCAUUAUGAUGUUCUAGAACUCUUUAUUGAAGUUCACUGUAAGUUAGCAUCAUUUUAAUAUACCUCUGUCUAGGAGCAUGAAGCUCAACUAAUAGCAUAAAUAACUUCAGCUGAAAAAGGUCAAAGUGAGAAAGGAGGAUUGGAGAUGGACCUUUCUAUAGCAGAAACUCCGCAUGUUUCAGCUCAGGAUGAAAUGGUUGAUUCUGCUGUCUCAAUUUCUUCUGCUAUUCCACUGUGUGAUAGAACAGCAACUGGUGACUCUGCCUUGAGGUCUAUAAUAGAAGAAAAUGCCUUUCAAGUUUUGAGUGAUGGACCCUGGGUAAAAAGACCACGUCUUCUCUGUGAUGAUAGUUCCACUGAAGACAAUGAUUUUUUAUCCCUCACCUUUCCAAAGAAACUAUGGAAAAUUGUUGAAAGUGAUCAAUUUAAGUCACUUUGGUGGGAUGAUGAUGGAAAUUGUGUAGUGAUUGAUGAAGAGCUCUUUAAAAAGGAGGUGCUGGAAAGGAGAGGACCUCUGCGAAUUUUUGAAACUGAUUGCAUGAAAAGUUUCAUUCGUCAGCUUAAUCUCUAUGGCUUUAGCAAAAUGCGACAAGAUUUUCAAAGGUCUGCCUCGCUAGCUGAAUUUCUAGCAGAAGAAAAAGCAGCUUCUGCCUUUAGCAAGUUACAGUUCUACCAUAACCCGAAUUUUAAGAGAGGCUCUCCCCACCUCCUUCCAAGGUGUAAAAGAAGAGUUGGCAUCAAAAAUACACCACCAGUUGCUUUCUCAUUAGAUGAGGAAUUCAGUGAAAACUGCCUAAAGAGUGAGGGAAGAAGCUCAGAUGUUCAGUCCGCCUUCGGAACUGCUUCCAUGGAGGAAAAUGACCUUGUUGCAACUGCUCCAAAGGAAAACCUGCAAACAUGCGCACUAAGAAAGCCUACAGUAAAUAAGGGACUUGCCAGAGCAACUGCCCGAAUCAGAAGUGGAUACGCUUCAUCGCCAGCAGCUUCACUGAGGCCAUCGGAACGUGCAACAGCAGAAGACAGUGAGAAGUUGAAUCAGCUGGCUCCAUUCCAUUUACCCCAAAAUAACAGCCAUACUCAAGUCAGCACCCACGAUAUAGAUUCCACUACAACUACAUCCGCGACUUCUUUGUAUCAUGUCAUACCUCCUGUAUCAAAUAGUCCCUUUGGAUCUGUGAUGGGGCUUCCUGCCUUCCCAACCAUGUAUCCAGACUUAUCAGCUAUGCAGGCUCAUUGGGCUAGUUUGCUGCCAUUUUGUAACCCAUGGUUCUCAAUGCCUAUGAUUGCAGCAGCCUCUGCCAUUUCAAUGUCAAGAUCAUCUCAUCACCGAACUCCAUCAUACCAUCACUGCCCUAAUUGCAACUGCACUUCGAACAAUGCAUCUGCUGCCAAAGGUGUUGGACCAAAGCCUACUGAAUAUUCAGGAUACCAUCGAUAAAGCAAAGGACUUUAACAUUUCAUAUUCUGAGGGAGAAAGUCACUGACAAAUCUGCAAUGAAACUGUCUGAAGAAUAAAUGUCUUUUUCCAGUU